AUUUUUCUGUGUUGACGGAAACUUUCAUUUCUUUCCAUCACAACAUUUUGAAUUUUAAACAGGGCAAGUGAAAAUAAUGGAGAACAAAACGUCGCCAAAAGAAUUCUGCACUACGAAAAUUGUCCAAGCAUAGAAAAGUGAAUUUGUGAAACGGGGAUUUACUGAUCUCAAGCAACAGAGACAAAACUUUUGCUGCAAGUCAUGUCUGAGAAUUUAAGAAGAAGCAAAAGUGGUGGGCGAAGUAGACGAGAAAGAGCAGAAGUCUACAAGAAAAUGAGUGAAAAAGAAAAAGAAAUAAAUAUUGUAGAAAAUCCUCUUUCCAAAAACAAGGAAGGUGCGACGAAAAGAAUAAGAAGAGAGAACGAGACCAGGAAACAGAGUACCAGAUCAGGAGAAAGGGUCCAUUCAAAUGGAGGUGAAAAUCGAGUAGAAAGGAGAAUGGAAAAUGAGAUUGAAAGAGAAGGUGGAAAAAAGCGGAAAGGAUAUAAAGAAGGAGGAGAUAAAAGAAGGGAAAAGGGAUCUUCAUAUGGAAGAGAAGGUGGACGGAGAAAAGAAAUGGGAAAUGGACGUGGACGGGAAAAUUAUCGGGGAGGAAGGGGAAAUUAUCGGGGAGGAAGGGGACAUUAUCGGGGAGGAAGGGAAGUCAAAGGAACCAGUAGUCACGGUACAAUAAAUUAUAUUCAAUGUCAGAAUGUUUAUUGUUAA